AUGAAAAGAAUCACUGAUAUGGUGGACGAGGAGGUGGAUCAUGCUGCAUCUGAAGACAUGAAAAGUGAAGAUGGUGAUGUGAUUGACUGCGUCGACAUUUACAAACAACCUGCAUUUGAUCAUCCACUUAUAAAGCAUUUACAGUAUGCCUUUGUUUCUGAAAGUGGUAGUACCUACUAUGGGGCGCACGCAUCAUUUAAUGUGUGGAAUCCUAAGACAGAGGCUAAUGAAUUUAGCUUAUCUCAAAUUUGGGUUUUGUCUGAGGUAACAACCUUGAAUACUAUUGAAGCUGGAUGGAUGGUUUAUCCCGGAAGGUAUCUUGACAAUCAGACAAGGUUCUUUAUAUAUUGGACAAGCGAUAACUAUCAAAGCACAGGAUGUUAUGAUCUUGGUUGCCCCGGUUUUGUACAAACAAAUCAUAAGUUUGCCAUUGGUUCCACCAUAACACCUGUUUCCACCUACAAUGGAAAGACAUUCGACAUAUCUAUACUGAUAUUCAAGGACAACAACUCUGGAAAUUGGUGGCUUCAGCUGCAAGAUGUGGUAUUAGGUUACUGGCCUGGUUCCAUCUUCACAGGCUUAGCUGAAAGCUCUACGACAGUGGAAUGGGGAGGAGAGAUCAUCAACUCAAGAUCAGCACAACAUCACACAACCACUCAAAUGGGGAGUGGCCAUUUUCCCUUCGAACGAUAUGGAAAAUCAAGUUUUUUCUAUAAUCUUAAAGUCAUUGACAACUCAAACACUCAGCAAGAUCCAGCUUCCCUUCAACCAUAUGUUACAGAUUCUGCAUGCUAUGAUUUACAUGUUGAGGAAAACAGAAAUACUGAUCUCGGAACUUAUUUUUACUAUGGGGGUCCCGGAUAUUCUGCAGAAUGCCCAUGA